CGUGGGCGUUUGCGGGGUGGGGGGGGUACGAGGGUAUGGAGGAUAAUGAAAAAGACCGACCCGGAAGCGAAACGGAUGGCACUUCCGUUCUUUGUUCUGUCCCCGGUGUGUGGGUCUGUGAUAGGGUCCACCAGGGCCUGGUCCGAGUCCGGCCCCCCCCCCCCAAGUCUCCUGUCCCUGCCCUCAGGCUUUGUCAUCAACUAAAAUCAGAAUACCCAGGAACUUGAACAGAAGUUACCAGAUUUCCAGUAAUUGCUACCUUGGCCUGCUAGGGGCUAACUCCAAAGAAGGGAAGAAUCCAGCAGUCCUUCAUUCCCAUUUGAAACCUGCUUCCUGCUGAGUCUGCGGAUAGGAGACCAGAGAGCCAGAGCUUCUGGCCCUACCCAUGGAAACUCAGGCUGAUCAUGUAUCUCAGGAACCUCAGGCCCUGCUUGAGAGUGCUCUUCCUUCCUCAAAAGUUCCUGCAUUUUCUGACAAGGACAGCCUUGGGGAUGAGAUGUUGGCAGCUGCACUCCUAAAGGCCAAGUCUCAGGACUUGGUGACAUUUGAAGAUGUAGCUGUAUAUUUCAUCCGGAAGGAGUGGAAACGUCUGGAACCUGCUCAGAGGGACCUCUACAGGGAUGUGAUGCUGGAGAAUUAUGGAAAUGUGUUCUCACUGGAUGGUGAGACCAGAACUGAGAAUGAUCAAGAAAUUUCUGAAGAUACAGGAUCACAUGGGGUGCUAUUGGGAAGAUUCCAAAAGGGUAUUUCUCAGGGUCUUAAGUUUGAAGAAGCCUAUGAACAAGAAGUCAGUUUAAAGAGGCAGCUGGGGAACUCCUCUGGCGAAAGAUUGAGUAGGAAGAUACAAGAUUUUGAUCAAGUGACAGCUGAGGAAAAGCUAACCCCCAUGGGAGAGAGAAGAGAGAAAUUUAAUGGUUUUGGAAAUGGCUUCACUGUGAAUUCCAACCUUAUUUCCCAUCAGAGACUUCCUAUGGGAGAUAGACCCCAUAAGUGUGAUGAAUGCAGCAAGAGCUUUAAUCGAACUUCAGACCUUAUUCAACAUCAGAGAAUCCACACUGGGGAAAAACCCUAUGAAUGUAAUGAGUGUGGGAAGGCCUUCAGCCAGAGCUCACAUCUUAUUCAGCAUCAGAGAAUCCACACUGGUGAGAAACCUUAUGAAUGUAAUGACUGUGGGAAGACCUUUAGCUGUAGCUCUGCUCUUAUUCUGCAUCGGAGAAUCCACACUGGAGAAAAACCUUAUGAAUGUAAUGAGUGUGGAAAAACCUUUAGCUGGAGCUCCACCCUUACUCAUCAUCAGAGAAUCCACACUGGAGAGAAACCCUAUGCCUGUAAUGAAUGUGGGAAGGCCUUCAGUAGGAGCUCCACCCUUAUUCACCAUCAGAGGAUCCACACUGGAGAGAAACCCUAUGAAUGUAACGAGUGUGGGAAGGCCUUCAGCCAGAGCUCACACCUCUAUCAGCACCAGCGAAUCCACACUGGAGAGAAGCCCUACGAAUGUAUGGAAUGUGGAGGAAAGUUUACCUAUAGUUCAGGCCUUAUUCAGCAUCAAAGAAUCCACACGGGGGAGAAUCCGUAUGAAUGUAGUGAAUGUGGGAAAGCCUUCAGGUAUAGUUCAGCUCUUGUUCGCCAUCAGAGAAUUCACACUGGAGAGAAGCCUUUGAAUGUAAUGGGUAUGAGCAAAAAUUCUCUCAGAGAUACUGCUGAAUUAAAUAUCAGAGAGUCUACAUGAAAGAGAUCUACGUACCUGUUUUCCUCACUUGCCCUGAAUCUAAAGAGCUCUUGCCUUACUGUAUAAGUAUGAAAAACUUAGGAUGUGUUCCUUCUAACUCAAACCUUUCACUUUAGAGAAUGUGAUAAAUUCGGCAAAUCAUCCUGGCAGAGGGACCGUGACCUAGUGAACUUCCCCAGGAGUGAAAGCAGCCUUGACAAAUUCUGAGGCCAGCAGCAGAUCAAGGGCUGGGAAUAGGGGGAGGCUCUGGGACUGAUUGCCCACUUUGGAAGGGAGAUUGCACUAAACCAUUUUUCUCCGGAGGAUCCUUUUCUUCCAAGGUGGAGUUUGAAGCACAGUAGGAAAAAAAAUUCCAAGGAUUCCUCUAGUUGGAAUCAAUAUAGUGAGCACAGAAGGCAGUAGAACCAAUGUUCCAGGUCCUGUUACUUGCUAGGAAGGGGAAACUAGGGGCUGUAUUUCAAAGCCACUGCUCCUAAUCUAGCUUCAAGUUUUCAUGAGGAAUGUACUCUUGUUUCAUAAUUCCAUUAAGUAUGGAAAUUUGAUGCUGAGGGAUAUGCUGUUUUAUUGAGAGAGGUAAAAGACCCCAAGAAAGGUUUUCUGUGAUGUCUGUAUCCUUUAAGGCUCUUGCAGCAGCAAGACUAAGUUUCCAAGAGCAGUCUAGCAAUAUCAUAGGAUGAGCCCUUAUGCUUCCCUGUUGUACUAGGACUGGGAAAUCCAACUAAUGAGUGAGUCUAACCUGAGGGUAGAAUAUCAGAAGCAUUUAGCAUGGCAUCUGUUUCCUUUCUUCCUCCUACCACUCCUGUGAUGAAGUGAUUUAAUCCAGACCCCUGAUUACUAAGGUUGCCUUUAAGGAGCUCAUGCAGCCAGCUUUCCCCACCUCCUGUCCCCUGUGACAUCUGGCCCUGACAGCCGGACCUCUCCUGAUGCCACCUGCCUCUUCACCAGCCGAGGAGUGACAAAUAGAGAGCAGCACCCAAGAGGAGGAAGCUGCUGGCUGAGCAUGACGGCAGGGCUCUGCUGGGUUAGGAUGGGACUCCCCAAGUUGUCCCAACUGAAGGGUGGUCUUUCAUUUUGUUUUCCCAAUCCUGUUCAUCCUGUAGUAAAAAAUGAAGUGCACUAUUAAACAGAAUAGUUUUUCAGAAGGAAAGAUUGAGUGUGUUUUUGUGCAGGAGCCAGAUUAUUUCAGUAAAAGCAGGAAACAUUAGUAACCAUAAUGAAAAUUACCCAUAAGGUUUUUUUUUUUUUUUUUUUACAGACAACUAUUUCUCUUAGUUGUGAUUUCCCUUUCCCUCCAGAUGAUCAUAUUCCUCUAGGUUUUGCCCCAGGCCAUCUCUCACCUCUCAGUCAUUUACACUGUCACUCCCACCUUGAUGCCCUUGCUGAUGCUUUCAUAAGCUGCUUGUUCUGUUUGGUGUGAUACUUAAGACCAGUACCCAGUCUGUGAAGUUGGUAUUGGGCAUGGGACCCCUGGUGGGAGUACUUCGUUGUUGGUGUAUUUGUAUUUGAAUUUCUUGGUUUGAUAAACUAAAUAGUUCACAGAAGCAUUAACAGGCCAUAACUGACUAUACAAUGUAAUGUAUCAAGACCAAAACAGCCCUCAUGGUCUGAAAGAAGCUUACCAUAAUACAAUAGAAAAUAAUGUUUGCUGGCAAUUCAAGCCAGCCCAUGGUCCGAUACACACCCUGUCUUCAUGCACAUGAAUGUGUUCAUAAUGUUCCCACAUCUUGCUCCAGCUCCUUGUCUCCAGACUCAGAAAAAAAUCUGAGUCUCCUUAAAAAUCAGAGUGAAAAGGGAUCUUACAAACCAUCAAGUUCUACGCCUCACUCAGUACAGAAACACCAGCGUCCCUGAUGGAUGGCCAUCUGCUGUAUCUUCCAGGUGAGAGGCUCGUGAGUGCACUCGUGAGUGAUUCCCCUGCUCAGCAUUCCAACUGCUGGAGAUUGAACUGGAUUCUGCCUCCUUGAAAGUUCCAAAGCUAGCUUCUGGUUUUGCCUCCUCAAGCAACACUGUGUAAUCAUCUGUAAAAUGAGAGAGAUAGACAAGAUUUCCAAGGACAUUUUCAGCUAUAAUGAAAGCAAUUUUAGCUAUGAUGAAAUUGCUUUCAGGUCAUGCCUGUGUUUUGAGAUCCAAAUCUAGUAGUUCUGAGAAAAGAUGUGUGAAACAUUUCCAACUGAGGGAAACGCCUUGAUACUGAACAUUUUAGACAUGGAGGGUGGUAGAGAACAGAGUCCUUUUUAGUGAAUAUAUGGUUUUUAAAAGCUCCCCAAAGGUAUUUUCAUAAAUUGUUUAUAAAGAGAGUUUGAAUCUUUUCUAUUUCACAAAAUGAAGGAAAGUCCAGUCAGAUGUAUUACUGAAAUCCAUUCAGUAAUGAAGAACUGAAGAUUUUUUAAUGAGUUAGAAUUACAUGGACUUUUUACUGUGUAUGAAGGUCACCAGAGUGGUUUUCUGAGGAGUGGCAAGGUGUUGCCCUUUUGUAUUCUCUACUCUGGUUGCCAGUAUCACCAGCCUCCCAGUCAGCCAGGUCCCAAACCCCAGAAUGAUUCUGGAUGUAUUGUUUUUUUCCAACUCGUCGCCCCUACAGCUUAUCAAUAUCUGACUGGCCCUUUCUUCCUCCUUGCUCUGAAGCCCUAGGCCUGCCUUAACUCUUUCCUGGACUCCAGCACCACCAGCCUUAUAGGAGGUCUCUUUGCUUCCAAUUUCUUUCACCUCCGAUCUGUCCCUUCAUCCCUCUGCAUGAUCUCUUGUUCUCAAAUGCAGGUUGGCAUACAUACCUCACCUCUCAGAACCUUUCAGGGGCUCCUUCUCAUCCCUUAGGUCAAAACCCCAGUUAUAUAUCAUUUUCCUAUCCCUGCCUACAUCCUGGUUUUAGCUCCUAGCCUCCGCUUUCCCUGACUCCCUUCUCCCCUCCUGUCUACACAGGAGCUUUGCAAAACGACAGCUACCCAGACAGAGCGCUGUUUAAGGCCUUUGCACGUGCUUUUCCUUCUUCCUGAAUACCCUCCUGCCUUGUCCACCUGUCCACCCGGCAAACUCCUACCCGUCUUUGAAAACCUUAUCGUAAGCGUCACCUUUUCUGUGGAGCCUUCCUAGGCCAUUGCAUAUUCCCCCUCCCCCGUGUGUCUUGUCCAGACUUUGAUUAUUGUGCUUAUCCCCCACCUGUUACUUACUGUUUAUACAUCUGACUCACUGGUGUAGGUUUUUUUCCUACAUUUUCGCACUUUUCCACCACAAAUUAUGUACUGCUUUCAUAAUCAGAAAAAGUAAUAUUAAGAAAGAGAGAAAGUAAUAAGGUAACACUUACUGAGCACUUUCUGUGUAUCAGGCAUUGUUCUAAGUGCUUUGUGCGUGAACUCAUUUAAUCCUCAGAACCUGGCAGUGAGGAAGGUACAAUCAUUGCCCCCAUUUUGAUUCCCUUUUUUCAGGGAAGAAGGAAGGAAGGGGGAGGGGAAGGGCGUCCCAAGGCACAUAGUAAAGGGUGGCCUAGGCUUUAUCCACCCCAUCGGGCCACCCCCCCAACCACAGGGCGCUCUCCCACUCCCGCUCCAGGCGCCCCCUCUCUGGCUGAUCCUUGGAGUUCUUUAACGGCAGUUCAACAAGUAAAUGAUUGUACUGCAGUGAAUACAAAGAUGAAUGAGCCCUGGUUCCUGCACUGAAGGAUGCCCUGGUCUAAUGGAAGCUAUCAAGCAUGUAUCGAUAAUACAAGACAGUGUGAUGCCAGGAGAGGUUCAGUAAUUAUGAUGAUAGCUGAUAUUUAGAGACUGCUUACCUGGGUACUAAGCAGUGUUUUGACUACUUUACAUGCACCAACUUGUUUUCACAACAAUCAUCUGUGGUGGUAAUGUAUUGAUGUUCCUAUUUUAUAGAUGAGAAAACUGAGGCACUGGGAGGUUAAGUAACUUGCCCAACAUUACAGAGCCAGUAAGUAGCAGAACAGGGAUAGGGAUUCAAACUUGGGCAGUCUGGCUCCUGAGUAUGGGCUCUUAAUGUCACCACUGUGUUGCCUCUCUACAUAUAAAAUAUUAGGGGAGAUGAGAAGAAAGCCACUUAGGAUCUGCUUGGGGAUGGAUAAGGCCUAUGGUGAUCCCACAGGUUUCUUUGAGGCAAUAGCAUUAAAGCUAAAUUGAGAACACGGAUAGAUGAAGCACAAGGGCAUGGGUGAGAGCUUUCCUGCUGUUUAACUAAAGAUAGGUGGAGAAAUAAGUAUUGUGUUUCAUUCGGUUAAAGAAGUAUUUAUUAAAUACACACUAUAUGCCAGGCCUUGUGUCAAGGAAAGGCUGGCAGUUGAUAAAGGCAGAUGAGGGAAGGGCGGGCGUGUCUCAGAAGGCCAGGUGAGUCUGCUGGGGCUGGGGUGAAAGCUGAGCCACGAUGUGAGGGAGGAGCCCAGCGAGAGCCUCCCAUAGGCAAGUUAUGAAGCCAUAAGGCCUAGGCCAGGGUGAAGGCAGUGGGGACCAAGGAGGGAUGAAUCCGGGAGAACUCGUUGAACUGAAAUUGCAACUGAAGCAAGAAAAGCAUCAAGAGAUGAAGGAGGAGAAUUUAGAGGCACUUCCGCUGGGAGUGGGGGUACUGCCUGGGAUGUCUUCUGGACCAUUUCUGCCUUAGGUUCUCACAGUUUCUAUCCAAAAAGGCAAAUCACUGUUACCAUUAGAAAACACAGUCCUAAAUAGUCAGGCCCGCCUGAUCUUGCAUCAGAGAAACAAGUUUCUUUGCUUUGAUGAGAAAGUUUAUUGAAGUUGCAUCAACAAGGAACUGGAGGGAAAAAAAAAAAAACUUUCCAAGACCAGUUCAGAGUGAGAAGAGUUGUUUGGGCUUUUAUAACCCCAAACAGAGAAAGAAAUGGCCAGAAUUCAGAAGAAAGCAGAAGGGAAAAAAAAUAUGAGAGAGAAAGCUGUUUGGUCAGACUCUCUUGUUAUCUUGAAGUCCUCCCCUCAUUCAGGCUUGUUUUUUAAGAAGCAAUUGAUUAUCGAACCAUAUGGUGAUAUCCCUUGUAUCCUCCUGCAGACAAUGCUGGGAAAGUUCCCGGGAACAGAGAAUAAGUUUUGUAUUGUUGAGAUUAGAGCAACAGCAAGUUAUUUUAACAAGGGCUUUUUAUGCUUAGAAUAACUCAAGACUGCUUGAGUGAGGUGAUCUUAAUAAACAGUUUUUUUUUUCUUUUGCCUAUUGAAGACUAUACUAAACAUUUGCCAGCUAAAGAAUUAUAUUGAAUAUUUUCUACUUAUCCAGCUAGCAUAACCACUACCCUAAUUUGGAUGGCUAUAAUAAUUAGAAUAUCGCUUUAGGCAUUCACUGUCUGAUGAACAUAUUAGUUUAGAUAGAAUAUAGAUUUGGCUGCUGUAAUAGAGACCCAAAGUAAUAGUGACUUAAACUUCAAGAGAGAUGUGUAUUUCUGUCUCCGGUGUAUUUCUCAGUCUAGAGAAUGUCAAAGAAAAAGUUGCACUGGGCCGUAUUAAGCAGGCAAGGAAAACUUGAUUUAAGUGCUGUUGCAUUAGGGGAGAGAGGAUGGACGUCAGCUCCACUGAGAGAAAGAGCAGCAGGGUUUUUAAAGGCUGGGGUGGGCCAGAAGAAAAGUGCUGGAGGGCGUUAGGAGGGGUUAAUACUGGGUGGGUGAGUGGUUUACUGAGUUUGCUUUUGGGGUCAUUUGGUUUGGAAUGUUUUCUUUUGCUGUUAUUAGGCCUCUUGGAUCUUGUAAGGGGCAGAGGAGAAAGAGAGGGAGAUGAAGGACCCCUUGGUUAGGUGCCUGUGUCAGCUUGGCUAGAUUAUGGUUUUUGGCUGUUUGAUAAGCAAGCACUGGCCUGAUUGCUACUGGGAGGAUAUUUUGUGGAUUUAAAUCCUUAGUCACUUGAUUGCACCUAUGACUGAUUAC